GUGGCUGACCGUGUUAAGGGGGCCGCGCGGGCCGCGGAGUCCCAGGAUCGUGGAGCAGGCGGCACAGCCCGUGCAGAGCACGGCCACGCCGACGUGGCGGAAUAUCGGUGCCUGUUCUGAGUUCCAGAAAGUUGUCUCCCGCAAAUGCCAGUGGCACCAUGAAGUCCAAUCCUGCCAUCCAAGCUGCCAUUGACCUCACCGCAGGAGCCGCAGGGGGAACAGCAUGUGUACUGACCGGACAGCCCUUUGACACAAUGAAGGUGAAGAUGCAGACGUUCCCUGACCUGUAUCGGGGCCUCACUGACUGCUGCCUGAAGACCUACUCCCAGGUGGGCCUCCGUGGUUUCUACAAGGGCACCAGCCCGGCGCUGAUCGCCAACAUAGCCGAGAACUCGGUGCUCUUCAUGUGCUAUGGCUUCUGCCAGCAGGUGGUGCGGAAAGUGGUUGGAUUGGACAGGCAGGCGAAGCUGAGUGAUCUGCAGAAUGCGGCCGCCGGGUCCUUUGCCUCUGCCUUUGCUGCCUUGGUGCUCUGCCCUACAGAACUCGUGAAGUGCCGGCUCCAGACCAUGUUUGAGAUGGAGACAUCGGGAAAGAUAGCCAAAAGCCAGAAUACAGUUUGGUCUGUGGUGAAGAGCAUCCUUAAGAAAGAUGGUCCCUUGGGCUUCUACCAUGGCCUUUCAAGCACUCUACUUCGAGAAGUACCAGGCUAUUUCUUCUUCUUUGGUGGUUAUGAACUAAGCCGGUCAGGUUUUGCAUCGGGAAGAUCAAAAGAUGAAUUAGGCCCUGUGCCUUUGAUGCUAAGUGGCGGAAUUGGUGGAAUUUGCCUAUGGCUUGCUGUCUACCCAGUGGAUUGUAUCAAAUCUAGAAUUCAAGUGCUUUCCAUGUCUGGAAAGCAGGCAGGGUUUGUUGGAACCUUUCUUAGUGUUUUGAAAACCGAAGGAAUAACAGCCUUAUAUUCUGGAUUGAAACCUACUAUGAUUCGAGCAUUCCCUGCCAAUGGCUCACUAUUUUUGGCCUAUGAAUACAGCAGGAAGUUGAUGAUGAGCCAGUUGGAAGCCUACUGAAGUGUCCUGGUGGGUCUGGAUCCAAGCACAGGCAUUUAAGAACUACUGUUCAUCUCAGGGUUUCAUGGAGUAUGGUAACAAUGUGGAAUUACUUUCAUUUAUGGACGAUUUUGCUCAUCACCUCCCUUCUUGUACCCUACAUCUUAAAACUUUAUGGCAGAGCCUCUAUUUUACAUAAUAUAACUUGUACCCAUGAUUGUACUACAAGGGAAAACUUGCUACUUUUGUUGUCCUUGAUGAAAUAAACAUCUGGCUGGUAGCGUUA